AGGCAGAAUGCCUCGGCUGGGCAGAUGGAGCUGCAUGAUUGACAUUGGGAUCUCGAAAUGACGUCAGCGGAGGCGCAGUCUUCCAGGAGCGCGUUUGCAGAGAGGGAGAGCGGAGCGGGGAGGACCGGAGCCGAACGGAGCGCGUCUCUUCCAGACCUGACGGAGGGACUUCACCAUCGACUACCACAAGGGUUUCUCGAUGCGCCCUUCGUGCGUAACGCACAACGUCUCCAAAGCAUUCUACAAUUACUGCAUGGAAAACUGCAUAAAAUCUAAAGAGAAGAUACGGGACAAGGAGCUGGAGGAUCUUUACUUAACUAGGAACAGAAAGGCAUCGAACAUUGGGAAGGCAUUUUCCAGCUUUUUAAAUUAGAAAACAAGCAAAAACCAAGGGAAUAUUGAUAAUGAAUCAUAAAUGACUCUAAACUCAACACAAUUGAAGUCGGAUGUUUGAAGAGCGUUUACACCAUGGGCACUAAAAAAAUAUAUUUUAAGAUAACGUUUCAUCUAUUUUUUUAUUCAGAAGGAUGUAAGCUACAUCUUACUGGGUUUAAAAAUUAAAUUAUGGGCUUUAAAUUAGCAGACUAAUUUUACCCAUAAUACUUGCCUUAAAUCUCUUGCUCCUGAGUGAUGAAAAAAGGACUGAUCCUUUAUUAACCUGACCUUUUUUCUUCUCUGCUGCUAUUUUUUUUUUUUUUUAUGAUUAAAGAAGGGAAAUGAUUAAAGAUGUAUAAGGGAAGAUGUUAGAAAUCAAGCUUAAAUUCAGUUCUAUUUUUCAUGAGUUUUUGUUCGUUGUUGAAAUGGACUUAUUGAUAUAGCCUUAAUCUAAGCUCUCAUAUCCGUGGAAACAUGGAGAGCAUGGAGAACGUGUCUGUUCCCAGUGGUGAGCUGUCAGUGUAUAAUGACUCUGUGGAUCUUUACUCACUUUCACUGGGAAACAACACCCACUCGAACUACGUUCCCUACUUCCACGGUGACCUGUACAUCAUUUUACCAAUCAUCUAUUCUGUGAUCUGUGCUGUGGGACUAACAGGCAACAUGGCUGUCAUAUAUGUUAUCCUCAAAGCUCCUAAAAUGAAAACAGUAACCAACAUGUUCAUCUUGAACUUGGCAAUUGCAGAUGAUUUGUUUACCCUAGUGUUGCCGAUUAGCAUUGCUAAUCAUCUGCUGAACUACUGGCCUUUCGGGGAAGUUUUGUGCAAAGUUACCCUAAGUAUAGACUUCUACAACAUAUUCUCCAGCAUCUAUUUCCUGACAGUAAUGAGCAUUGAUCGGUAUCUGGUUGUUUGGGCGACAGUAAGGUCCAAGCGCAUGCCAUACCGCACCUACAGAGCUGCUAAAAUCAUCUCUUUCUGUGUCUGGCUCCUUGUGAUCCUCAUCGUUAUGCCCUUCACCAUUUUUGCCGGUGUCGAUGUGAAUCCAUACGAUGGAAGGAAGAGCUGUGUGCUGAUGUUACCAGAUCCUGAGAAUUUGUGGAACAAAAUGAGUCGUAUCUACACACUCAUUCUGGGCUUUGCUAUUCCAGUCUCAACAAUCUGCAUCUUGUACACCAUGAUGCUCUACAAGUUGCGGAACAUGAGGCUAAACAGCAACGCCAAGGCUUUAGACAAGGCCAAGAAGAAAGUCACCAUUAUGGUCUUCAUCGUCUUGGCUGUGUGCUUGUUUUGUUGGACACCGUUUCACCUUAGCACCAUUGUGGCAUUGACCACAGACCUGGAAAACACACCUCUGGUGAUUGGGAUCUCCUAUUUCAUAACCAGCUUAAGUUACGCCAACUCCUGUCUCAACCCGUUCCUGUAUGCCUUUCUGGACGACAGCUUCAGGAAAGCUUUUAAAAAGAUGAUGGAAUGCAGACCAGCCUGAAUGUGAAAAAAAUUUAACCUGUUACAGAAGUCUUUAUUGUAUUUCAAGUUAAGCAGGUAAAGAAUGUGGCUUCAAUUUAAAAAGUUUUCUUUAAUGUUUAAAGCUAAUCUCCCGAGGGGUUUGCUGCAAGUUCAAGCUACAGUUCGUAUUUUUUCACAAUGAUUUCAUUUUAAACAUAUGCAUACAGCCUUAUCAAGUAUAACAUAAUUUUUUGAAGUUAAUUAGAUAAUAGUUUAUUUUUCAUGAAAAAAAUCAGUUUGGAUCUUCAAUUUGCAUUAUCCAUGUGGUAGCACUGGAAGCAAUUCAAAGAACAUUUUACUUUAGCAACAAGCUUAAAAGUCUUCUCGUUCAGAACAAGAAACACUUUGCCUCACGCAUUUUUCAUAGCUGUGAAUGCUAAAAAAAACAAAAAAAAUGACAUAAAAUGGAUUAUAUAUUGUUUUGAAUAGAUUACAAUUGCUGGGAUAAUAGACAGUAGCAUUAAAAAAGGAAAGAAAAAAAAAAGAAAAACAAAAAAUGGUAUCUUUCAAUGUAAAUAUGGUCCAGGAAACUUUACCGGACAUUUGUUUCAGCAGACUAAAGAUAAGUCUGGAGGGGACCAAACAUGGGUUCAACACCUUCAGUGAAACUUCAGUAUCAUAACAAGUCAGAUUUGGUAUAGUUGUAUGGGUAGUAUAAUUAAAUUAUUGUUUUUACAAGUUCUUUAUUUUGAAUAUAUCAACCUGUAUGGGGAUGUCUAUUUUAGUUUUCCUAAAGAGUCAUGUCAGAGGAGCCAAUAAUAUGAAAUAUUAACUCGACUUUAAGAUUAAUUAUUUUUAUCCCGUUUAUUAUUCAACUAACUGAAUAAAAACAGAAACAAAUAAACCAUUAAUUCUUAUUUUUUUUUGAAAAUAUGACAAUUUUUAAAAGUUCAGUGGAUUUCUCUAAUGUGUGUGGAUUUGUGUGUCUGUUCUUUAUCGUUUAUGUAAAUUGUUUCUGUAUUCAGAAACUCAGAAAUGCACCUUAGCGACCCUGGCAGCUGUACUGUAAGCCUAACAUAACAGGCAUGGGACAGGAGGGCUAUGUAAAAUCUUGUCUAUUUCUCUGAAGAGUUAAUUGUUUUUGUGGGCUUUUGUUGCCCCCUGUUGUUGACAGAGUGGUAUGACUUGAAAUGCAGUUAGAGCCAUUAACUGAGAAGCCUUUCACUACUAAAUAGAUGCAGUGUGUCCUUCAUCACUGAAUUGGUAAUUGGGUGAUAAAGGACACAUGCACAUCUGUAAUUUCAUUAAUUGUUCUUUAAACAUAUCUAUUUGGAACUCAAGUUUUCUGUAUAGAUUGGUGUUAACAUGAUGUCAUAUUUACAGUUUCGGAAACUAAUAAACAAAUCUUUAACUGAAACUAUGAGAGUCAUAAUUAAAUGCCUUUUAUUCAAUUAUGACCUCUAUUCAGUUAAUGGGAGUCUGUAUAACAACCUUUUUUUCUGCUCAAAACAUCUGAAUUCUCCAACAGUUUAAGAGGAUGUUCUAGAUUAUAUGGCUCUGACUGGAUCAACAUACUUAUGAAUACUGUAAAAGAGUCAUUUUUGUAAUUAUUUGUACAGAAAAAUGUAUAGUUAUUGCAUUAUAAUAUAAUAAAAGCUCAAGAAAAUAUUAUUAAUAAUAAAUGAAUGUGGUGUCACAUGAAAAAGCAAUUAACUGAGUUUCUCCUGAAUAGUUAUUUAAUAAACAUUGGUAAAACAAAUCAUGGCAUGUUAUGCGAACUGUUUAUGUUGGAGCUUUCCUUAGUUCCCAAUAACUUAAUAAAUUUAACUUUAUUUUGCCAGCUAAAACCCUGUAUUUUUGAAUAUUGAUCUUUUAUUUUUGGGGCAAUAAUCAGAAUUGUGCAGAAAUGUUAGAUUUUUUAUAGUUCCAGUGUACAAUAAAAUCACAUGAGAACACCUCAA